GAACGAAACAAAAUGUCACUGAAACAAAACAAAGAUAUUUUGUAAACAGCCGCGAUAAAAGUUUUCUUCAUUAUUUCUAUUUCUUAAUUAACUAAAUGUCUAUUCAGCCUUGGUACAUGUUUUUGUUAAAUCUAUAGUGAGAUGAGAAGCAUUGCAUUAAUUUAAUGUGAGACGCUGCAAGUAAACAUAAAUUAGAUAGCACUGAGGUUAGGAUUUUACUAAACUCUUUUAGUGUGAAAUGGAUGAAUCUCACAAGCCAAACUUAGAAGAAUACGAAGCAUUAUUCUCUCAACAAGUUGCUAAACCAUCAUCCUCUAUAUACAAUUAUCAUACAACUAAAAAUACAAAAGAGUGUCCAUAUACAGCGAAAGAAGUUAUCGAAAAUGUAAAGCGUUCUUUGAGAGCCAUUCAGAACGCGGAUUAUGUGAUAACAGAUAGAAAUGUAAAGAAGAGACUGCAGCCUUACAAGCAGUCUAGCCUGCUGCCGUUGAAUUUGCUGUCUGUACCCAGAGAGGAGCCCCCAGCUACUGUAAAUGCAAACAAAUUUGAAACACAAUGUGUUACAGACACACAACUCAUAGAUGUAGUGGAUAAUGCAGAGGCAUUGUUACAAGUUGAUAUAAAUAAAGAAUUUGAGACCACAUUCUGUAGUGAAGAAGGACAAAGUGAUAAAACUGGCCUUUUAAAUGUUGAAAUAUCACCAAUUAGAUAUAAUAAUGAUGAAAAUCCUGCAAAAAGACCUGUAGCUGAAAAUGUAUUCAAUAGAAAUAAUAGUGAUGGGAAUGGAGAAACUAAAAUUUAUGAAGUCAAAAUACAAAACGCUAUUGAGGACAAUGACAUAGUAUUAAAUGCAUCAUUAGUACUUCCAACUAAAACUAGAUCAGCAAGAAGUAAAAAUUUGGAUAUUGAUAUGAAAACUGAUACACAUGAAGAAAAUAUAGUUACAACUCAGUUAUUGAAUGAAUCCAUGGAAAUAGAGAAAAACAAUGAAAGUUUAGGUGUUCUACUGGAAAGAGAAACAAAUAGACCUCUGAGCCCAGUUCUUAAUCUGAAUACACACAAGAGAAAAGCAUUUCAGCAAACAUCUCAGCAUUUAGUUUUUAGUUUAGAGAAAUUCGAAAAUUUUGAAAUGCUUGCUAAACAGUUUCUUGCAUGUGAAAAUGAUCCUGAAAGUGAGAGUCCCAUGCUAAAUGAGAAUUCGCCAAUUCUAAGCAUAAGAAUUCCAUCUGAAUUAGAUACUGUAAAUGAUUUUGGUUCACCUCUAAGGCCUAUUGUUAAUAAACAAGAAGAAAAUUGUGAAUAUGAAUCAGAAACAGUGGUUAAUGAUGAAUCAACAGUUAUAAAACUCUCCCCAAAAACAGAAGGCGAAACGUCUAAUGAACCUAAAUCAGCCACACCAAACGUGCAAUAUUAUGAAAUACUUGAUGAUGAAAUUCUGUUUAGUUCUGAUGAAGAAACAGAUUAUGUCCACAAAAGCAAUCUUGAAGUUCCUUUGACCUGUGCCUUAGAGACUUCUUUCUACACAGAAAAUUCCGAUAUCUUAGACAAAACAAUGUUUGUGGGUUUCCAAACUGCUAGUAAUAAAUCUAUUCAAAUAUGCACGGAUUCUUUUGGAAAAGCGCAGAAUAUUCUCAGUGAAGUUGAAAAUAAGCGUAGUAAAACACCGGUUUCAUUAACUGAAUUAGUAGCUCAAUGCGACGGUCUUGUGAGUGGUAGAAAACCAGAUAAUAAACCUUCGCCACCUACUCAUGAUGAAAUAGUUACCAAUGAAGAAUCAAAGACAAUAAUUGUACCAAAAAGUGAUGUAUCUGAAGGUAGUUCAUACCAAGCACAGGAGGAAAAAGAGUUCUUUAAUACAAUUGGUUCUUCAAAUGAAAAAGCAAGUAAAGAACCAUUGAAAUUUGAAGGAUUUAAAACCGCAAGUAAUAAAAAUAUAUGUGUAUUUGAAAAAUCUCUCUCAGUUGUUAAAAGUGUUUUCCAAGAUAUAGAUAUGGUCAAUUUGAAUAUAAAUCCUCAUAGUCCAGCAAUACUAGAUACAAAAAGCGCAAAUAACACAACUAUCAAUGAUGAAAACGAUUAUGAAAUGAUUUUAAACGAAUUCAAAAAUGAUAUUAUGCCAGAAGAACAUAUCAGUAAAAAUUCAGAAAAUAGCAAAAGUCCUGCCAAACAUGAAAAUAUUGAAGAUGACCAAGCAUGUUUUUUUGGCUUUAAAACAGCAAGCAACAAAGACAUUAAGAUUUCGGACAAAGCCUUAGCUAAAACCAAAAAUAUAUUUGAAGAUAUAGAUAUUGAUAAAGACAUUUGUACAACUGAAACAUAUGCAUUAGAAACCAAAAGAGUAACUAAAUCUCACCAUAAGUUAGAAAAUAAUAAUAGUGCUUCAAAUAAUGAAGAUAGUUUUAUAGGCUUUCAAACAGCAAGUAGUAAACCAAUCAAAAUAUCCGAUAAAGCUAUGGCUAAAACGAAACAAAUAUUCCAAGAUAUAGAUACAGACAUAAUUAAGGAAGUCGAUACCAAUUCUGUAGGGUCGGAAUCUAGAAUUGCUACUCAAAAUACAGCAUCUGAUAAUUGCAACCAGGGCGAUAGAAAUGAAUCGAUUGGAUUUAAAACGGCAAGUUUUAAAAGGAUUACUGUUUCUGAAGCAGCAUUGGCUAAAAGUAUGAAAAUAUUUCAAGAAGCUAAUGAAACUGAACCAUUUGCACAUAAAAGCAAAACCGAAGAAUUUGUUGGUUUUCAAACAGCCUCUAACAAGAAAUUGGUAAUCAGUGAGAAAUAUUUAGCUAGAACCAGGAGUGUGUUCAAAGAUAUAGAUCUAAAUGAGAACUUUCACAAAGAAAACAUAAUAACAACUGAUAUUAUUCAGUGUCAAAAUGAUAAGAAAAAUUCAUCCGAUAAAGUAACUAGUACAUACAAAAAAUUGUGUGAAAAUACUGAUUCGUAUCAGUCAAGUACAAAUGAAGGUUUUGUGGGAUUUCAGAAGGCCAGUAAUAAGAAAAUUGAGGUAUCCAAUAAAGCGAUGGCAAAAUGUAAAGAAGUAUUUCAAGAUAUAAAUACAGACUACUCUCUCGAAAAUAAUUUACCAGACCACAAUAGAGUAUCCAUGGUGCAUACGAGUAAGUCUCAAAACAUCAACCGAGAUUGUGGUUUUGUUGGAUUCACUACUGCAAGUAAUAAAAAAGUUUCUGUGUCUAAAGAGGCUAUAGCUAAAACCAAAAAUGUGUUUCAAAAUAUAAAUAUAGAUGAUGUAACACUUACUGAAAAUAACGUAAAAAAUGAUUUAUCAGGAUUCCAAACGUUAAGUGAUAAGAAAAUACAUAUAUCAGCAAAAGCAUUACAAAAAAGAAAAUUUUGUCAAGAAACGCAUAAUGAUGACUCCAUCGAUAAACAAUGUAUAACAGAUGGAACCAUACAGCCGUUUGUUGGAUUUCAAACAGCAAGUAAUAAAAAAGUUACUGUUUCCAAAGAUGCUCUUACUAAUAGCCGAAAGAUAUUUGAUGAUUUCGACACAGUUGAAAAGGAAUUCAAUCCAAUAGAACAAAAUAAAAAUAAUUUUAUGGGUUUCCAAACAGCUAGUAAUAAACGAGUCAAAGUAUCGGAAGAAGCUCUAAAAACAACAAAAAAUCUAUUUGAAGAUAUUUGUCCGAGUCAAAUUGAAAAUAUUUUUUUAGAAAAUGAAAACGAAGUAGACACAUUAAAACCAAAAUUUACUGGUUUCCAAACGGCAAGCAAUAAAAAAGUUACAAUAUCUGAAGAAGCUUUGAAAAAAACUAAAUGUGCUUUUCAAGAUAUUGAACUUAGUCAAAUUGAAGACGCAUGCUUAGAAAAACAAAGCGUAGUAGAGAAAAUAAAUACAGAAUUUACUGGAUUCCAGACAGCGAGUAAUAAAAAAGUCACCAUAUCUGAAGAAGCUUUGAAAAAGACUAAAAGUAUUUUUCAAGACAUUAGUCUGAGUCAAAUGGGAAACUUGGAGACAGCUAUCGACAAAAAAGUUUGUAAUAAUAAAGACUCAUUAGCAAAUAAAAGUAUCUUAAACAAUGCAAAUUGUGAUCAAGCAAAGGAAUAUGGAAGAAAUGCAUUUUUAGGAUUCCAUACGGCGAAUAAAAAAGAAGUUAAAAUAUCUGAAAGUGCUUUAGCGGAAACACGACACGUAUUCAAAGAAAAUAAUAAGGAAAGAUGUCUCAAAGAAACAGAUCCAGAAAUAGAUAAAUACUUAAACACACAAGUCUUAAACAAUUUUGAGGAGCCACUAAACACAGAAGACUUUAUAAAAACACCAAAGAAACCAAAAAGGUCAGCCAGCCCAAUAUUGUCUUGUCCGAAGGCGAAAAAACGAAAAAUAUUUCAGACUCCCUAUAAAGCUAAAGAUGCAGCCAAAAACGAUACUCCGAAAAUUAUACCAGAAGCAGAAACUAUAACAGGAAAAGUCCUAUCAUUCAAUAAAUCAUAUAAAAGCAAUAAAAUACUUAAACUUAAAGACAUACAGUUGCUAGAAAACAGUUCUUCUGACGUAGUAACGAUAGAUCCUUACAUCGCCACCUUUGACUUCGACAACCUACUCAAAUUCGAAUUCUACGGCGAAAGAAACACCAUAUCUGAUUCAAAGCUUACAACAGAAGAUUUAAAACUGCAAUUUCUCCAAUCUGUGAAUAAGAAAAUUGUCCCAGACGGAUGGCUAGACAAUCAUAUACGGUUGAUUAUAUGGAAGUUAAUAAGAUACGAACUGUUAUUUCCUAAGUCUAUGGUCAAUGCUUGCAAUACUACGAAUGUUAUAGACCAGCUAAAGUAUAGAUAUGACAAGGAGUUGUAUAAUGUUGAGAGGCCGGUGCUGAGGAAAAUUCUGGAGAAGGAUGAGGUGGCUUCGAGGACUAUGGUGUUGUGUGUGGCAGCUGUUUACGCCGAUGGCAUCAGUGUUAUCAGAGUGCCAGAACAAACCUCCUCCCUAGAGCUACUCCUAACAGACGGCUGGUACGCUAUCCGGGCCACCCCGGACCUCAUGUUGACCCGGUUGGCCCGGGCGGGCAGGCUGGGUGUCGGGAUGAAGAUUGCGGUGUGUGGCGCAGAGCUGGAUAACUGCAGUCAGCCGGUUUGUGCUUGGGAGGACACCUCCAAAGUCCGCCUCAAGCUGCACGGCAACUCAACCCGGCCAGCCCACUGGGACGCACGGCUCGGUUGCCAUGGCAACGCCGCCAUGUUGUCGCGGCUGGCGGGGGUGGGCGGGGGCGGCGGGGGGGUGCGGGCGCGCGCGCGAGUGACGAGGGUGUACCCCGCGCUGCACGUGCGCAGGCGCAAGGACGGCACCACACUGACCCUGUCGGACCGGCUAGAGCAGAUAUACCAGCACAAGCACGAGGCGGAGAGACAGGCCCUCAUGGAGAAGAUAUACGAGGAGGUGGAGAGAGAGAUGCAGGAUACGACAUCGGACGACUCGGAGUUAUCGCAAGACUCGUGCAAGCGGCCGCGGCUUGAGACUGGCACACAGAUAGCUAGGAUGAUGAGGAGGAGCAACGACCCAGAGGAGUUCAGGGCCAACCUAACCGCCACCCAACUCAACCUCCUCCAAACACACACGGACCGCACACAGACACUACUACAGCAACGUAUAAGCGCCCGCGUGGCCGCGCUCCCCCGCCCCGCGCUGCCGCUGGUGAAGGCGACUGUUGCUGACUGUACUAAGGAUGGAUGUACUACUGCCACACUGUCAAUAUGGCGGCCGUCGGAAGCCAUUAUGGAAAUCCUGCAGGAGGGCGCCUGGAUCGAGAUGAUGAACGUCAUGCCUACCGGUGUAAGGCAGAAUGAGCUACAGAUCUCCGCGGGCAGACAAUCGACAUUCAACAAAGUGAAAGUGAAGGAAACAGACAAAAUGAAAGAAUAUCUCGCAACAUUAUCUAGAAAAUGUAUAGAUAUAAAAACCCUUGCUCAAAACCCGGCACUGAAAACUUAUCGCAACGAAAUCGAUACAGUUGGCUUAGUAGUUUUAAUCGAUCCGCCGACAUCCGAAUUCGAUUCAGAAUCGAAUAAAAAUCAACAUUUCCAAAAUGUAUACCUAGCGGACACAGAUAAAAAUAUGAUCUGUGUCAACUUUUGGGGCGGCGUCAAAAAGUUUGGAUUCGAAAAUGUUUUGGACACCGGCCAAAUAAUUGCUGGUAUAAAUUUGCAAAACAGACUUGGCAACACCAAGAAAAACAUACCCCAGUAUAGAGCAACAGAGUUUAGUUAUUUCACAAAAACUCCCAAAUAUAAUGAUGCCAGAAUGAUGAUUGACGAAUUAACGAAGAAAAUGAACGGUAUAGAUAGAAGAAAAUUCUGUGGUGACUGCAUAGAGUUGAAAAACAAUUUUAGUGUGAUAAAGAAUCAGAAUAACACAGAAAAUGUGUCUCCAUACAGAUUCAACAACGACCACAAUUUGACAAAAAACAAAGUCUUUAUUGACUCACCCCUGGCUCAAAAACCUAAAGACGUGUCAGAUUUAGACCUCACGGGCUUAGAUUUUGAAUCGUCAUUCAAGCAAAGAGACACCCAAGACAUGUCGCCAGAGGAAUUAAAAAGAAAAAAGAUUGUCAAAGACAAAAUUGCCAGACUAAAAAUGUAUGGGGAGCCGCCACCUCUAAGCCACAUGCAUAUUAUUCAUAAAUCUGCUAACGCAACCAAAGCGUUUAAAAGUCCAUUGCUUGCAAAUAAUCAUUGUGCUCAAAUUCUACCGGGAGAAAGUCCAAAAUCUACCCUCCAAGCCAAAGUUACCAGUAUUACAAAUCGAAAUCUACCAAUCGAUUUAGCUAGUAGUAAUGAUGCAGCUUUGAAUAGCGAUCAAAAUGUAAAUAAUUUAAGUAGCCCAAUAAUGGCUUUAAAUACGACGUAUGUAAAAAGAAUAGGUGGUAAUCCAGUGAAGUUGAAUUUUUCAAAUAGUAAUAUUUUGGAGAAAAGUGUCGACCAUUUUGCUGAAGAAUUCGAUGGUAGCCCUCCUUUGAGCUUGGAUUAGAUAUUUUAUAAUACCUACUUACAUUAUUAUACAGGGUACAAUCUUAUUGGUGGUCUUGCCGACAGCAUGGCUAUGUACCCGUCAUAAUAUCCUCUUUGAUAGAUUGACAACUAUAUCCCAUUCCACGGGGAAAGACAUCUGACAGAAUCCUUAUUACAAUCGAAUAAAGUAGUUUUUGUUUGUAUCAGAUGUAUUUCCCCGUGGAAUGGGAUAUAAUAAAUUUAAAUUGAAAAAAACAGCCGUAACAUUCUCAAGUUCUCUAAUCCAAAAUGUACAUUCGUGAAAAUCAGUGAUAAAAUUCACCCUGUACCCUGUAAAAAAAUUACAUAUCAAAUGUUUGAGUAUUUAUAAGACAUACAUAUUUUAAUUAUUCUCUAAGAUUUAUAUCAUAAAUAAUAAAUGUUGCUGUUACUAUAAUUA